CUGCAUCUUGCCCCCAUCUCCCCAUCUCUUCCCCGCUCUACUUGCAUUCAGACGCGCCUCGACGCCUCCCGCAGCGACCAUGAGCACACUAGCGACCCCCUCGAACGCGCGGCAGCCGCGCACCCGCGGCGUGUCCGCCAUGAACUUCAAGAGCGCGACGACCGGCGUCGCCUCUUCGGCGAUGAAGAAUGAGCUCAACCGUCUUGUUGCGACGGAGAAGAACCCGCAGUUGCAGCAAGCGUUCAAGCAGGAGAUGGACUCGUUCUUCUACCUCUUCACGCGCUACCUUGACGAACGUGCCAAGAGCCACGAACUGGACUGGGAUAAGAUUCGCUCCCCCUCCAAAGAGCAGGUCGCAUCCUAUGCAGACCUUUCCGCCCCGGCCGACAAGGCUGCCCUCAACAAGCUCGCCGUCCUCAAGGUCAAUGGUGGUCUGGGUACCUCGAUGGGCAUGAAGGGCGCAAAGAGCGCACUCGAGGUCAAGAAUGGCAUGACCUUCCUGGACCUUACCGUGCGCCAGAUCGAGCACCUCAACACUAGCCUCCACGUCGAUGUCCCCCUCAUCCUCAUGACCUCCUUCAACACGCACGAGGACACGCUGCGCAUCAUCAAGAAAUACGCCAACCAGCAGGUCCGCAUCACCACGUUCAACCAGUCGCGCUACCCGCGCAUCAUCGCGGAGACGCUGCUGCCCCAGCCGAAGUCGGUGGACGACGACAAGUCGAAGUGGUACCCGCCCGGUCACGGUGACCUCUACAAUGCGCUUGUGCACUCCGGCGUCCUCGACCAGUUGUUGGCUGACGGGAAGGAAUACCUCUUCGUCUCUAACUCGGAUAACUUGGGCGCUGUCGUGGAUGAGCGCAUCCUGCAGCACAUGAUCGACACCCAGGCGGAGUUCGUCAUGGAGGUGACGGACAAGACGAAGGCGGACGUGAAGGGUGGUACCCUCAUCGACUACGAGGGCCAGAUGCGCCUCCUCGAAAUCGCUCAGGUCCCCAACGAGCACGUUGAGGACUUCAAGUCUGUCCGCAAGUUCAAGAUCUUCAACACGAACAACCUGUGGAUCAACCUGAAGGCCCUCAAGCGCAUCAUGAGCACCGAGGGCAUGGAGCUCGACAUCAUCGUCAACCCGAAGGUCGCCGAUGACGGCCAGGCCGUCCUGCAGCUCGAGACCGCGUCUGGUGCGGCUGUCAAGCACUUCAAGAACGCCCACGGCAUCAACGUGCCCCGGACGCGCUUUUUGCCCGUCAAGAGCUGCUCGGACCUGCUGCUCAUCAUGUCGGACAUCUACUCGCUCGAGCAUGGGCAGCUCGUCAUCAACGAGCAGCGCAUGUUCGAGACGACGCCGGUUAUCAAGUUGGGCGAUCACUUUAAGAAGAUCGCCAACUUCCAGAAGCGGUUCAAGAAGAUCCCGAACAUCGUCGAGCUUGACCACUUGACGGUGACGGGCGAUGUGUACUUCGGGCGCAAUGUGACCUUGCGCGGCACAGUAAUUGUGGUCGCCAACGAGGGCCAGCGCAUCGAUAUUCCGGACGGAUGUGUGCUUGAGAACCGGCUACUCUCCGGCAACCUGACCAUGACGGAACUAUAAAGUGAUGAGGGAAGCUGGGCACGAGAUGGACUUCAAGUAGUAACUGCGUGCUGUACAAAAAUUGAAUGGGUUUUAUGCACGGUCGUAUGUUUGCAGAUAUCUCACAAGUGACAGUGAGCUCUCGGCGUACCUUGCAACACGGCGCAAGUACA